AUGCGUCGUAUGCGUCGUGGUAGACGUCCGCCGCCCUUGCCACCGCGAAUCAUCUUCCAUGUAGCCAACGCCGAAGCCGUCAGAGGCUACGAUCCUGCUGCACCAGGACGAUCCGAGGGUCAGGGGGCUCCAGCUGCUCAGCCUUCUUACGAACUGAAUGGAGCAGUCGUCAGCCCACCUCUUGUUCAGGCUCCUUACGAAUUGGACGGUACCCCUAUCGACCCUUCUUCGCAGGACGGGAGCACCUGUGUCAAGGGAUGCAACAAGAAGUGUCCCAGAGGCAAAUGUGUAAAGGCGACACGUCGUACCGUCAGUUUCAAAGACGAUGGCUCUACCCAAGCCGAGAACAGCGAGUCCGAGACCCAAACCAACGAAGACAGCAGCAAGACGCCGUCCGAGGCCAAGAAGGCCAACAACAACGAAUCCUCCAAUGCAAACUCUACCGAGGAUGAGUCUGAAUCACAGAGUGACGAGCCCUCAACUUCAGAGGCUGAAGCAAGCUCAGUCAACGAGGACCCAGACUGGUCGAUCUCCCAGGACUGUCUCCUCCGCGGAAUGAAGGAAGGCAACUCAUCUCUCCCCUGGGAGAAGAUCGCGACCGCCCUCGGCAAGAAAAAGCCAGAGGUGAUUGCCCGCUGGAACCUCAUCAAGAACCUUCCCACCAAGAAAGAUGCCGAGAUUUCUUCUCCCGAUGACAUUACGAAUUCAGAUGAUGACACCAGCGGCGAUGCCGAUGAUGAAUCGGAGACUGACACCGACCAAGAGUCGGAAGAAGACGAAGAAGAAGACGAGGAAGAAUUCGAGGAAGAAGUCGGGAUCGAAGAGCAAGACUCCGAUGAUGAUCAAGACGAAGAGUCUGAGGAAGAUUCUUAUGUUGACGAUGACGAAUCUGAUGAUGAUGACGAGGAAGAAGAAGAGUACGAAGCCAACACCAAGGGAAAGAGUCCUAGCCGCAACAAGUGGCACACCGGUGUCCGCAACGAAAAGGUUGCGGCCGAAAACAAGAAGGCAAAGGCCAACGCAAAGGUCAAGGCUGCCCAGCAGGAUGACCACUCCUCCUCUGGUGAAGAUGCAUCUUCCGAGUCUUCAGAUGUCGAGUCCAGCAGUUCUGAUUCCCAGGUCAUUAUCAAUGAUUCUCACGAGCGCGCCAAAAUGCGUCAUCUCCACAAGUUACUCUAUCCUCCUGAGAUCCAUCCCCAACCGGACAAGGAUUUCUGUAAGAAGGACUGCGAGCUGCUCGGAUCUAUCGACGCCAAAUACAAGAAGAGCCGCUGGUUAGAAAUGCAGGCAAACUUCUACAACGUCACAGGUCGCCUGAUCCCUCUGGAGACGAUCCGAGCCAAGUGUGAGCGCGCCGAAGCUGAAGAGGCCGAGAAGGAGGCUAGACGUGCCAAGAAGGCCGCUGAGCGUGAGAAGCAAGACCGACAGAAGGUCAAUGAGUGGAUUCAAGACGUCCCUGAGAAGAAUGAGUCCGGCGGUUCCGGAUCAUGA